AUUCUGAAUUUUCAACCAUUUAAUUUAGAUUUCCAAGUGAAGUUCUUUAUAAAAAGUUUGUGAGGGGAGGAUGGAGGGUCGAAUAUCGCGCAUCUAAACUCAUCAUGAACUAGGCCCACACGGGCGCGCAAGAAGCUGUAAAUUACAGUGACCAGUCAGCAAUUGAUUGAACAACCAUGGCUGCUGCAUCAGGAAGACUGGGUUCCAGACUCUACCUAUCGGCCAAGGGUUUCGCCUCGAGGCAUCCAGCGAUUGCAAACUCCAUCACCUACGGAACGAUCCUGGGCGUGGCUGAGACGAUGCAGCAGACCAUAGCUGGUUGUGAAAAGUACGACUGGCCAAGAGUUGGGCGGAUGAUGGUGAUCGGUGGGUGUGCCUAUGGCCCCAUUGGGUUCUACUGGUACAGGUGGCUAGAUAGGGCGCUUCCAGGGGCAGCUAAACUCGCAGUUGCAAAGAAAGUCAUCCUUGACCAACUGGUGUCUGCUCCGUUGUUUAUAAGCAUUUUUUACGUUGGAUCCAGUAUUAUGGAACGCACAGAAGAUAUUUCUGCUGAAUUGAAGGAGAAGUUUGUCCCAACAUACACUGCCAGCUGUUGCUUUUGGCCACUGGCACAGACCGUCAAUUUCCUGUUUCUACCUCCCCACUUCCGAGUUGUUUACGUCGCCACGCUGAGUAUGGUCUGGUCUAAUAUCCUCUGCUUCAUGAAGAGAAUUAGUAUGCACAAAGAGGAGAAAGUGGUUCCAGUUUAGACAGCAAUGUAGGGAGAACUAUUUUCUACUACAAACCACAUUAACAGGAUUCCAACACUUUGAGUGCCGGGUAUGGCCCCUAAUUUGUAUCUGUUCUAAACAAUAAUUGUUACUAUUCGUGACGUCCUUCAGAAUCCGUUAUUUUUUUACUGAUUUGAUGGCCUUAUUAGUACUGCCUUAAAUUGUGCUGAGGCUGGUGGCAUGCAUGUACCAGUUUUAACAGAGUCUAACGCUUGGUUCAUACUUCAUGCAAAAUGGGAAGCGAAUUACAUGAUGCAACCAAAUUGCUGCCAGCUUGCUGUUUGCUAGUUGUGAUUCAAGGAAUUUGGCUUCACUUUUACAACUCACUGUACAAGAAUGACAGACUCUCUAGGGUUCUGAUGU